GGUUGGCUGACUCUUUGUCAGUUACAGAUUCAACUCCACGAUUACCAAGAAGCUGAGAAGAGUGCAAAGGAAGGUCUUGAAUGCAUAAACUCAUCAAUACCUGAUUCACGAAAAGAGCUCAAGACAAUUUUAAGCAUGGCAAUGGCAGAAGCUCUUCUGAAACAAGGUCCAUCAACUGCAGCACUGGCCAGCAAAAUAUAUGAGAAGUUACUGACAGAUGGUGGAUCUGAAGAGGAGGUUCAACUGCUUACAGGACUCGGACAAGCACAUCUCACUCUUGGUGAUAUUCAGCAGGCAACACAGAUCUGUGCAAAAGCUCUAACUAUUGACAAAAGCUGUCCAUCAGCUCUGGCAUUGCAGGGUCAAAUAAGUUUCCAUGAAGGUUACUUUGAUGAUGCAGAGUUAAGGUUUUUGGAAGCAAUAGAGAAAUGUGAGGAUUGUGCAUUUUACCACUUUCUUCUUGGCAAGUUGUACUGGGAAAUGAAUGGAAAUUUGAGAGCUGACAAGAAAAAAUGCUUGGCAGAGUUUUUAAAGGCAGCUAAGUUGGAUUCAUAUUACUCUCCGACAUUUCUCUACUUGGGACAUUACUACCGUGGAGUAUUGAAAGAUUUAAGCAAAGCCAGCAGAUGUUAUCAGAAAGCGUUUGAUCUGGAUCCAAGUUCCGUUGUCGCUGGAAUAGCUUUAGGAGAUUCUCUUAUGGAAGUGGGAAAUGAGGUUGCUGCACUCAACUUGUACAAGAAUGUUACGUCUGCAUCAUCGCCCGGAGAGGGUAAAUGGGCGUGGCUGCGGCUCGGAUUAUUUCACCUGAAACAGAACGAAAGUACAGCGGCCAUAUCAUGUUUUCAGAGUGCCCUAAGAGCUGAUCUCAAAGACAGGCAUUGCUGGGAAUGUCUUGGUGAAGCGUAUAUGAGUCGUGGAAGCUACAUCGCGGCUAUGAAGGCUUUUACAAAAGCUUCUGAGCUUGACCCAUCUUCGCUCUACUGCCUUUACCAGUUGGCGGCCAUUAAACAGUUAUUGUGUGUACACAGUGAAGCAAUCAAGGAAUAUAAACUGAUUCUGGAAAUGCAACAUGAUUAUGUUCCUGCAAUGAAAGGACUCGGUGAGACAUAUCUCAACCAAGCCCGAUCCGCGCUGCAGCAGGAUUUUAAUGGGAAGGCUGUGGAUUGUGUGAUGGCAGCCAUUCACGUUUUGGCUCGAGCAGUGCAGUGCAAACCUGGUCUGUCAUGCCUGUGGAAACUUAUCGGCGACUGCUGUACCAUUAUUCAUCCUGUGUCCAACAUCUCCAUUAGAGGAACAAUUCCAGAUAAUUUGAAGAAGCACAUUCACGGAGAGCACAAUGAUCUGGAUAAGACACAGUUACUUGCUUUGGGAUCAGGUGCUUAUGGAAGAGCAUUGAAACUGCAGCCUGACUGUGGAAGCUUGUGGGGUGACUUGGGAUUCAACUGCUUUCAGCAAGCCAAGAUUUUGAAGGGAAAUGUGAAAGAGAAGAUGGCGCAUAGGUCUCUGCAGGCUUUGAAGAAAGGGUUAACCCUACAGCCGUCUAACCACAAACUUUGGAAUAGUUUAGGAGUAGUGGCGGCAUCUAGAGAAGUCAACAAUCCAGACCUCAGCCAGCAUUCAUUCAUCAUGUCGAUCAAGACUGAACCAAAUAAUGUUAUAGCUUGGACAAACUUAGGAGUGCUGUAUCUAAAGCAUGGUAAAAUCGAGCUUGCUCAUGAGGCAUUCAAGAAUUCUCAGGCUUUAGAUCCAUCGUAUACCGCUGCGUGGAUUGGUCAGGCAACCAUUGCUGAGAUUAUUGGAAAUGAGGAAGCUAUGGACUUGUUUCGACACACAACGGAAUUGGGCUCACACGUCGAAGGUAGCAUUGGCUACUCUCAUUGGGUCUGUUCCAGUCUCAUAUCAGAGAAAUCGCGUGAUAGUCACGUGAUACUCAAAGGAAAACCAGCUGCCACUCUAUCGCAUCUUCAUCCGGAAUACAGAAAGGCUGUGCUUCAAUCAGCCACUGCCCUCAGUAAAUACACUGAUCGCGUAAGGGACAAUGCUGGUGCCUACAAUAUGUACGGACUGCUGCUAGAACACCAGAAACUCUUCUUACAAGCGGAGAAAGCUUUUAAAAGUGCAAUCGAUCUUCUUCGAGAACGUGCAACGGAUGAUGAUCAGCAACAUUUAAAUACUGUACUUAUUAACUAUGCUAGAGUGCUCUGUGCAAUGGGACGAUACAAGGAAGCUGUCGAGACUUACCAAGCAGUGAAGCCACUGACCGCAUUUCAUGACUUGUGCGGGCUCGCGCUAUCAUUAUUCAUGGCCGGCCAGUUAAGAGAAAGUUAUCAGGCUUAUGAGCAAGCUUUCCAGUUGGCUGCCACAGAUGCCGACAGAUCUUGCAUUCUAACCGCCAUGGGCAUGCUGGGAUACGCGCUUGAUGACAAAGAUGGAGCAAAAGCAAUGCUUUUUAAAAGUUCUCAGUUGCAACCAGCUUGUGAUCGCGGGCUCAUGGCACUGUGUGCCUUUGGUUUGGUCAGCGGUGAUGCUACAUUGGCUGGAGCAGCCCUCGGUGAACUUAUGAACCGAGAGAACGGUACUGAUGAAUUGACAGGCGAUAUCUGCUAUCUUUACUCACGGUUUUACGCGUUGCAGGGAAACCAAAAACUUGGACGGAGUCACAUCAUGAAAGAGAUCCAUCGCAAUCCAAGAAGCAGCUUAUUGUGGAGUCAGUUGGCAUCGUAUCUACUGCAAGCCUGUCCCGACGAGUUGCAGGCUGCUGCUCGCUGCUCUGAAUCUUCUGCUACACUUGGAGGAAGUCAUUCAGCAGAGCACAAUCCCGCUUUCCAGCCGGCCGGUAUCGUGGGUUCGGGUUCCUUACGUCACGACAACGGCAAAGUCAAUCUUAUGGGUGCUACACACAGGACUCGCGUAGGUCUUAGAGCAUCCCAGAAGGCUGUUCACGCGCAUCCUGAUCAUUCGUCUAGCUGGGCAGUGCUAGCAGCUUCUGUUACAGCUCACGAUAUAGCUAAGAGUCGUGAGGAACUGGGGAGGGACAAAAGCACUCUCGGCGCAAGGCUCUCUCAGUUUGUGGAAUCAACAGCUCACGGGCAGGUAGGUGCUCUGAAGUCCCUAUCUGAUCAUCAGCUGCCUGCCCUUGUUAAGUUACGGACUAGUCAUCUGGAGACCCUGCAGUCCUGGGCCAUUAUUCACCAUGGUUACUGUCUCCUGCAUGCUGGACGGCAACAAGAGGCGGCUGAACUUGUUGACAAGGCGUUAUUGGUGUACAGUUCGGUACCACAAAUCUCCGCUCAACUCCACUUCUUAAAGGCUCAAGUGCUACUGGCCAGCGGAGAAACUGUGGAUACUGGGCUAAACAUGUUACAAACAUCCCUAUUGUCCAGUCCAACGCAUUCAUCAAAUGCCUGGCAGGUUUUAGCGCAAGUCCAAGCUGAUCAAGGCGCAUCAAUGGCGGCUGAGCUUUGCUAUCGAAAGUGUCUGCAGGCGGGAAUGGACAGCAGGGCUCAAAGCUGGCGAACUGUUCCUUUGAUAAGACUGGCGUUGUUAGCCGUCCAAAUGGUACAGAAGUCGCAGACCGCUGACCGAGACCGCUGGAUGGAUCUUUCACUUGAAGCUUCAAACGAGGUCCUGAAAUUGAAUUCAAGUAUUUCAGCUGCCUAUCUUAUUCAAGGGAUCGUUCAUUUUCUUCAAGACAACGCGAGGGCAUCUAGAAGAGCUUUCCAACAUGUGCUAGACUCUGACACAGCUUCUGGCUCUUCGAUAGCUCAGUACUGGCUGCUCUCAAUUUAUUUGAAGAAGAAAGAUCUUUCCGCUGCCCAGGGUCUCGUUUCUGAAGCCAAGUUCCAUGGUAACAAGAGAUUAGAUUUGAUUUAUUACCGCCUUGCCGAGGAAGGAGACCUGCCUAAGGCAGCUAAAAAACGUCUGAUUGAAAGAUGUGUUCACGUGAAUCCAUCAAAACAAAUAUUUUGGAGUUCCUUGAAAGAAUACUCUGGCUACACAUAGGCUAAAAUGCUCUCUUUUAAGCAAUUGCCGUAUUUCAAUUUUCAUAGGAGAUUAUCAAGAAUUUCGUAAGCAUAGGUCCUUGUUUCGCAAACGAAAAACAAUUGUGAAUAAAGACUCUAAAAGUACAUCGACGGUGGCUAGGCCAGAACAUUGUGCAUGAUAAAAAUACAGUAAGAGAUAUUUAAUUCUCGAUGGCUUGAGAAUAAUCAAAUACACCAAAGAUUUUA